AUGCUGCUGCGUCCCGCCGCGGCCCCCGGGAGCUUGCAGCCCGAGCGGCCGGGCGGGGCCGGGCGGGGGGACCGCCGGCAGCCGCUCCGCCGCCCACCCCGGGCCCUCGGCCAAGGGCAGCCCGGGGUCGCGGCCGCAGCCCGGGGCCGCGGGCGGCGGACAAAGGGCCAUGCGGGGUCGGGGGACGCGGCGCGGAGCGCGCAGGAGUGGGGGGCCGCAGCGACGCCGCUGAGCGCGGCCCCGGGCGGGGCGGGGUCGGCCGCGAUGCCGUGGUUCCCGGUGAAGAAGAUCCGCAAGCAGAUCAAGCUGCUGCUCCUGCUGGUGCUGCUUACCUGCGCCGCGUGGCUCACGUACGUGCACCUGGGCCUGGUGCGCCAGGGCCGCGCGCUGCGCCAGCGGCUGGGCUCCGGGCGAGACGGUGAGAAGCUGAGCGGUGUGACCGACGGCCGGGGCGUCCACACUGCGCUGGCCACGCAGAGGGCAGAGGACUCCAGCGAGAGCCACGAGGAGGAGCCGGUG